AUGCGGCAAGAUUUCCUAAACACCCGAGCCAACCCAGAGUUGCGAGGUUGGCUGCUAACUUACUCAUUCCUCUCCCCUUCGAAACCUUCCGUCACCACUCUUCCCCCCCCCCUCCCGAAUCCCAUCAAUCCAGGCAUUGCUGUCCGCCAUCACCAUGUUCGCUACUCGUGUCAUGAGGAUGCAGGCCACUCGGCCUUUUGCUUUCCCUGCUCCUCCCACACUAUCUCCCAGCGUCUGCGCACCCUGAAGAGAGUCCCCCCAGAACUGAUCCCUCUCGGUAUUGUCCUUGGUGUUGCCGUUGGAGCUGCUAUCUACUCCAGCACUCACAAGCUCUUGUCCGACAAGACCCUGCGUCUCUAUCGCAACAAGCCUGAGGAUCGCAACCACUAA